AUGAUUGCUGAGGGUUUAUUCUCGGGUAGGAGGAAAAAAAUCCUCGGUAACAUCUUUGAGCACAUUUUAUUGUUUGCUUUUGUUUCAGGGGCCAUAUUUACAGACGAUCAAAAGAACAGCAGUGUGGAACUCGCUUUCAAAUACGCUGUUUACAGAAUAAACAAAGAAAGAACUUUGCUGCCCAAUACAACUCUUGUAUACGACAUCCAGUAUGUACCAAAAGAUGAUAGCUUCAGGACCUACAAGAAAGCUUGUCGGCAGGUGGAACACGGUGUCCAAGCAAUAUUCGGCCCAUCCGAUCCUAUUCUAGGAGCCCACGUUCAAAGCAUCUGCGAGGCUUUGGACGUGCCACAUAUAGAAGCAAGAGUAAACCUUGAACCGUCCAAAGAACUCUCCAUCAACCUACAUCCUGGCCAAGACGUCAUGAAUAUUGCUUAUAAGGAUCUCAUGUCUUUCUUGAAUUGGACCAAAGUAGCUGUGAUCUAUGAGGAUGACUAUGGGCUAUUCAAGCUUCAGGAUUUGAUGAGAGCCCCUUCAGCUACUAAAAUAGAAAUUUACAUCAGGCAAGCUAACCCAUCGUCAUAUAGGCAAGUGUUGAAGGAAAUAAGACAAAAGGAGAUAUACAAGUUAAUUGUAGACACAAAUCCAAAGCAUAUCUUACAAUUUUUCAGGGCAAUUCUUCAACUACAAAUGAAUGACUACAGAUACCACUACAUGUUCACAACUUUUGAUCUUGAGACGUUCGAUCUUGAAGACUUUAAAUACAAUUCAGUCAAUAUAACCGCCUUUAGAAUUGUAGAUAUGGACCAUCCUAAAGUGAGAGAAAUUUUGAACAUCAUGGAGAAAUUCCAGCCGAUAGGACAUAUCCUAUUUAACAAAAGUGGAGUAAUACAGGCUGAACCGGCCUUGAUUUUCGACUCUGUAUACGUAUUUGCCAAAGGAUUAUCAGCAAUGGACUCAGGCCACUCGAUUAGUCUAACAAAUCUUUCAUGCGAAAGAGAGAAGCCUUGGGAUGACGGCUUGUCGCUUUACAACUACAUCGAUUCCGUAAGUGGAAUCCAUGGGCUAACUGGCAACGUAGAAUUCAACGAAGGAAGAAGGUUCAAUUUCAAAGUUGAUCUUCUGAAGUUGAAAAAAGAAGAAAUCAGGAAGGUUGGUGAAUGGAGAUUCAAUGGAGGUAUCAAUAUCACCGACACAAAUGCCUUUUAUGAAAGCCACGCUCCCAAUAUCACACUAAUUGUUAUGACGAGAGAGGAAAAGCCAUACGUAAUGGUAAAAGAAGAAAGCAAUUUGACUGGAAACGCUCGAUUUGAAGGCUUCUGUAUAGACCUCUUGAAAUGGAUAGCUACACAAGUUGGGUUCCAAUACACCAUCAAACUAGUGCCUGACCAUAUGUAUGGUGUUUAUGAUCCUGAAACGAAAGAGUGGAAUGGCAUUGUUAGAGAACUGAUGGAAAAGCGCGCGGACCUCGCAGUCGCUUCCAUGACCAUUAAUUAUGCCAGGGAGAGCGUUAUUGACUUCACGAAGCCAUUCAUGAACCUAGGCAUCGGGAUUCUCUUCAAGGUACCUACAAGCCAACCAACCCGGCUGUUCAGCUUCCUCAAUCCAUUGGCAGUAGAAAUCUGGCUGUACGUGCUAGCUUCAUACGUGCUAGUGUCCUUCACCCUAUUCGUGAUGGCCCGUUUCAGUCCGUACGAGUGGCAUAGUGCGCCUCAACGUGGCUGUGGCACUCAGAUCAUGCUCGAGAAUCAGUUCACGGUCUCGAACAGCUUUUGGUUCAUCACCGGGACCUUUCUUAGGCAAGGAUCGGGACUGAAUCCAAAGGUUUCAGAACGUGAUAUGCAAGGACCAUUCCAGUUCCUAAAUCCAUUCACUAUUGAAAUCUGGUUGUACACAGCAACGGCAUAUAUUUUGGUAUCGCUUACUGUAUGGGUUGUUACUCGAUUUACACCACCAGAAAUGAAUAUUAUGAAACAACCAUGCUUGAUCUGUGGAUUAGAAAAAAGAUACUUUUGUGCUGAGUCGUCUGCAGCGGAAACCACUUUUCAAGAAUACUUCGCCAACUACGAACCUUUUUAUGACGAAAAUUUCGAUGACUAUAUAAGCGAAAUUAACGAUGAAGAUGAGAUUGAGUUCGUUGAGGAGGUGUACGAUAGCAUGGAUCAUCAGUCCUAUUGCGAAGGAUGUGAAAGACAAAAAGAAAGAGUAACAUUAGCUAAUAGUUUUUGGUUCGGUGUCGCUCCACUACUAUCGCAGAAAAGUUCGAUCUAUCCUAAGGCAACUUCUACAAGGAUUGUAGGAGGGAUUUGGUGGUUUUUCACACUGAUAAUAAUAUCUUCAUACACUGCUAACCUAGCUGCGUUUCUCACUGUUGAACGCAUGACUACGCCUAUCGAAAGUGCCCAGGAUCUAGCAGAACAAACGGAUAUAGCAUACGGAACCCUGGAAGGUGGAAGCACAAUGACUUUCUUUAGAGAUUCAAAAAUUGGGAUCUACCAGAAAAUGUGGCGUUUCAUGGAAAGCAAAAAGCCUUCUGUUUUUGUAAAGACCUAUGAAGACGGAAUAAAGCGGGUUCUAGAAGGAAACUAUGCUUUUCUCAUGGAAUCGACGAUGCUGGACUAUGCUGUGCAAAGAGACUGCAACUUGACUCAAAUCGGAGGGCUGUUGGAUUCAAAAGGUUACGGCAUAGCAACACCUAAAGGUAGUCCGUGGAGAGAUAAAAUAUCUUUAGCGAUAUUGGAGCUUCAAGAAAAAGGCUUAAUACAAAUCCUGUAUGACAAAUGGUGGAAAAAUACCGGCGACGUUUGUAACAGGGAUGAGAAGAAUAAAGAGUCUAAAGCAAAUGCUCUUGGGAUCGAAAAUAUUGGUAUGUUAUUUCUACAAAUUACCACCUCUGUUAUUUGUCUGAAGUUGCUUACUUUUUAUGAAUCUUAUGACAUAAGAACAUAA